GUGCAUGACGUCAUUUGUCCAUGUACUGUGCGCCAUUUUGGAAGAGGGAAAAAAAUCACGGAUAAUUUCCGUGGUCUUGACAGAUCAGAGCCCGAGUCUUCACACUGAAUGUGGAUGUUAUCUGUGUCCCUGAGCAAGCCGCAUUGUUUGAUAGGGGUAUCGGAAGCUGUGUACAACCAGAGCUGCUAAAUGAAGCAAUGGCGGGAAUUGCAGGCGGAAAUGACUUCCAGUGGUGUUUCUCUCAAGUGAAAGGAGCGAUAGAUGAAGAUGUUGCGGAAGCCGACAUAAUCUCAACUGUUGAGUUCAACUAUUCUGGAGAAUUACUUGCAACUGGAGACAAAGGAGGACGAGUAGUGAUAUUUCAACAUGAACAGGAGUCUAAGAAUCGUCCACACCUGCGUGGGGAAUAUAACGUCUAUAGCACUUUUCAAAGUCACGAGCCAGAGUUUGACUAUUUGAAAAGUUUAGAAAUCGAAGAAAAAAUAAAUAAAAUAAGAUGGCUACCCCAACAAAAUGCUGCUCACUUUCUACUUUCAACAAACGAUAAAACUAUCAAAUUGUGGAAAAUAAGUGAAAGAGAUAAACGAGCAGAAGGUUACAACCUGAAAGAUGAGGAUGGGCGACUCAGAGAUCCCUUUAGAAUCACCUCCUUACGGGUACCGGUGCUGAUGCCAAUGGAUCUCAUGGUAGAAGCAAGCCCUCGGAGGAUCUUUGCAAACGCGCACACCUAUCACAUUAAUUCCAUUUCUGUAAAUAGUGAUCACGAAACUUACCUCUCUGCAGAUGACCUAAGAAUAAAUCUAUGGCACUUGGAAAUCACAGACAGAAGUUUUAAUAUUGUAGACAUCAAGCCCGCCAACAUGGAGGAACUGACAGAAGUAAUCACAGCUGCUGAGUGCCAUCCACACCAAUGCAAUGUAUUUGUGUACAGCAGUAGCAAAGGCACCAUUCGCCUGUGUGACAUGCGAGCAGCAGCGCUCUGCGAUAGGCACUCGAAGUUCUUUGAGGAACCUGAGGAUCCGAGCAGCCGGUCCUUUUUCUCAGAGAUCAUCUCCUCCAUCUCAGACGUGAAGUUCAGUCACAGCGGACGCUAUAUGAUGACACGUGACUACCUCUCAGUCAAAGUUUGGGACCUGAACAUGGAGAAUAGGCCAGUGGAGACGUAUCAGGUCCAUGAAUACCUUCGCAGUAAACUCUGCUCUUUGUAUGAGAACGACUGCAUCUUUGACAAGUUUGAGUGCUGUUGGAACGGUAGCGACAGCGCCAUCAUGACCGGCUCUUACAACAACUUCUUCCGAAUGUUCGACCGCAAUACCAGGCGGGAUAUCACACUGGAGGCAUCCCGGGAGAGCAGCAAACCACGGGCUACGCUCAAACCGCGCAAAGUGUCCACCGGCGGCAAGAGGAAGAAGGACGAGAUCAGCGUGGACAGCCUGGACUUCAACAAGAAGAUCCUCCACACUGCCUGGCACCCCAAAGAAAACGUGAUAGCUGUGGCAGCCACCAACAACUUGUACAUUUUCCAGGACAAAAUCAACUAAAAGAUUUGGGGCUCCAGAGGAUAGGGCUUUCACCAUACCUGUGUAGUUAAGCCUACUACUUGUCUAUCUGUAUAAGAAGAAACAGCCUUGUUGUCCUCCUGGUGAAGAAUUUGAAAGCACGCGUCUACUUUUUUUGCCACAGGAGGUUGAUCCAUAGGCCUGUUUUAUUUUGAGUCUGAGCUUAGGUUGUUUUUUGCCUUUGGCACCAGGGCAAUCAACACCCCCCCCCCCCCCCCCCCCCCCCCCCCCCCGACCCAGAAAGCCCAUUUCGGGGUCUAAUUGUCGGAAUGGCACGCCCCAGAGGUCAAACUCUUGAACGUUGGUGUUUGUGUUGACAUUUUAAGCCUUCAUUUCACAAUUUAACAACAGAACUCUUGGGAGUCCUUACAAUGACGUCUUGUCAAGGUUGUAUCCAUCUUUCAGAGAUUUUGGGUCCUGUGAAGCACGGAUUGACGGCCAAUAAACCCAACUGUAACAUUCCCCCAUUGGCCCCUGUCUUCGGGCCAAACUAACGGUGGAGGAGGCCGUGAAUUUGGAAAGUGGACUUGUUUCUUUUCCCUUAUUUUAUCCCAUUUAAUACAGUGACAUCAUUUCACUGACUGUAUCUACUCAAGUACACCUUGUCAUCCACAUAAUAAAAUAAACUAAAACUACAGAUGUGUUUUUAAAUUUAGAAGUAUGGUAUUAAAAACAUGUUUAUUGCUUUGCAUGUUUUUUUAUGUUGUAGAGAGGUGGAGAAAAAAAGUCCAGUCACACCACUGUCUUUUGAGCAGAUCUCAAGCUAAUUUGUCACUUUGGUGCAAUCGGUAUGAGAACCACAAGCAUUGAUGAUCAGAGAUUAUGAUGGCAAUGUUAAAGGAUGCAGGCUGGAGACUGAAAGGCACAGGACGGGAGUCCAGGACAGGACAAAGGGAAUCUGCAGCCUUAAUACCUACUUCUAUCAGUGACAGCUACGAGUUAUGUCCCCAGACGUUUUAUGAACCUCAUGUGCAUUAUUUGUAAAUCCUAUUUUAUAGUCCUCAUACACUGCUGCUACAUGUGGCUGUCUAUAACACAGAAAAAGGAAAAUUGCACAUCAUGCAUACGGUUUUAUGUGAUGUAGAGUGCCUCCGAUUCUUGUAACGAGUAGGAAAUAGGCCUCAUACAUGUGCCCUUUUUCAUUUAUUAGGGAUGCCACCUUAAUUGCAUAUGACACAUGUGGAUCUUUGUAGUUGUCAAUGCAGACAUGCGUGUUGACACCACCAUACUGAUGACGGUAAAACACACAUAAUAAAUGCACUGUCUUUGUCCAUUGAUCCCCAACAUGGUGGCAAUGUAUUCACUUGUUUAUUAUUUUGACCAAAGUUCAAUAAAAUUUUAAUUGUG